AGCUGCGCCGGUCAGAGAGAAGAAAAUAGACUUUACGUGGAGUGACAAGGGCACCAAAGAGCAUUAACCACUUCAGACAGCCUUAAACGUACGUUUAAAGUGUUUAUGUCGAGUUUUGUGUCAUUUCCCGGCGAACGAAAUGUCUCAAAGAGUUCGCAAAAACGGAUCUCCGACGUCUAACUGCAGCGGAGCGAGCGCUGGAAGCCCGAGCGGAUCCCCGGGGAUCAGCGCCGCUGGAGUGAGUUUACUUGGUCGCCUGCUGCCCAUGAAAGCCACGGUUCCCUUCCAGCUGAAAACGCAGACACAGCACCCUCUACAGUCACGGACAGUCCUCUCCUCCACCGGUAACGGUAAAUGCCACAGCAGCGGAACCCACAGCCGGAGCCCCACGCGAUCCCUCUCCUCCUGUGCCUCAAACGUUUCUGCAGCCGCGUCCACUUCCUCUGCGACGUGCUCACAGUUCAUCGCUGUUUCCUCUGCCCCCUCCUCAUCAUCUUCUUCUUCUUCUUCAUCAUCUUCAUCCUCAUCCAGAACUAGUCCCAUUAUCGCUGUGCACGCGUCAAACCCCAGAGCGUCCCACGCGCAGGUACCUGUACCAUCCUCGUCAUCAUCACCCUACACAGCUGCGCACCUGAGCCCCCAGUGCUGCAGCUCAGACACUUCAGCCCUUACCUCUAAUUUAUCUGCCUCUCCGUCUUCAUCCUUGUCGCUGUGGUCGUGCGCCCACAGGGCCAAACCCCUCCAGACCCCCGAACAUGACAGACUGUCUCCGGAGAGGCUCAGUCCCAGCUCACCUGUCUGCACAGACAAGCAUAGACUUCCUGUGGCAGGGUCUUGGUAUACCACCAGCAAUAACGGUAGCAUUCGUCGCACCUCUUCUUUGGACGCGCUCACGGCCCCUUACCUGUCUGGACACUGGCCCCGGGAUGCCAACCACGCCCCUUGUGCCCCUUGCAUGAGGGACAAAUCCACCCAGGUCCAAACACAGACUUUAAUUUACCAUUUUACAAAAGAACUGAAUGUAACUACAAAAUAAGAGAAAUAACAUGUGAAAGUUAUUAUGCAUGAAAAAAGAUAGAGAGUGGAGAGAGAGUGAAAAGGAGGAAGCCUCUCCCUGGUUUGUUGAAAGAUGAGAGGAAACUGCGGCAUAUUUCUGGUGAAGGCAGACCGUCCACCAUCAAGCUGCAUUCUUUCUUGAAGCUGCCUGUUUUUUCCAGCUUGUUUUUUCUUCCAGAAGCACCACAG